AUGGUACUCAGGGAGCACUGGGGUAAGAAUGGGGUAUGUAUUUUAGUAGACAGGGACCUCAGGGAGCUCGUGGUUGAGAUUAGGAGGGUAAAUGAUAGGUUGAUGAGUAUUAAGCUGGUAGUUGGUGGGUUUACUAUAAACGUGAUUAGUGCUUACGCUCCUCAGGUAGGUUUGGACCAGGAGGUCAAGAAGCAAUUCUGGGAGGAUUUGGACUAUAUGGUGCGUAGUAUCCCGCACACAGAGAAGUUGUUUAUUGGCGGAGAUUUCAAUGGUCAUAUUGGGGCUAGUUCUAGGGGUUAUGAUGAUGUGCAUGGCGGAUACAGUUUUGGGGUUAGGAAUGAGGGAGGUAAUCCACUAUUGGAUUUUGCUAGAGCUUUUGAUUUUAUUAUAGCUAACUCGAGUUUUUCCGAAGAGGGAAGAGCACCUGGUCACUUUCCGGAAUUCAAUGGGCAAGACUCAAAUUGA